GAAUACUCACUGCACAUGGACACAAUCUGUUAGGAAUUUGUAACAUAUGAUGAGAAUUUAACAGAUCAAAUAUGAGAGAUAUUUUUACCAACGUUGAAUAUUCUGAAUGGAGAAAUAUUCACGAGAAAUAUGACGCAGUUCUCAAAACUAAGGCAGAAAAAAUGAAACAAGACAAAAAGAAGGAAUUUUUAACAUUAGACAAAUGGUAUCAAAGCGAACUGCCAGAAAUCAUUUGCGAUAGGAGAGAAAAGUAUAUUACACAUGAUGAAAUUUGUCAACUUAUGACUUGGAAAUUGACAAGAGGAAAAUUUCGUCCACGUUUACAGCAGAUGGUUGCCAGUAAUACUGAAGAAGAGGUUAAAAGUGCCAGUUCAAAGAGUUUUAGCUUACUACCAGAUUUAUCAGCUGCAAUACAAGCUUUAACUGUUUUAAAGGCUAUAGGUCCUGCCACUGCUUCAGCUAUACUCACUUCAGGUUGUCCAGAUGUUCCUUUCAUGGCAGAUGAGAGUAUGCUAGCCCUACCAGAGAUUUCCUCCCUAGAAUAUAAUCUUAAAACUUAUUUAUUUUAUGCUGAAAAAGUCAAAAACAUAACCAAAAAAUUGCAAAAACAAGGUAA